ACGGUGUUAACCUUAUUUGACGUUUACGUCUGCGAAUGGUGUGGUUUGUAUGCGAGUUCAUUGUGGGAAUGUGGGUUAUUUUGUUGUGCAUUGUUACUUAUCAAGUUUGCGGGGAUUGACAUAUGGAUGAUAAACGUUACAAAUAGAUUAGGAAAGUAAAAUAGAUUAGUUGCUUGCCAUGGGAGAGGCGAAAAGCUCGUAAUUACUACCGACAUAGGUAGAUAAUAUAGUUUUAAAUUGUUAGUAAUUAACAUUCUUGGUCACAUCGUGGGCCCUCCCGAAAUGAGUCUGCUUCAGCUAAAAGUGGUUUUGUGGAAGAAUUUGAUAAUCCGCCGGAGACACUACUUUCUAACCCUAUGUGAGGCCUUAGUACCCAUAUUGCUAUUUCUAUUGAUUGCCUAUGGUAGGAGUAAAAUAAGCGGGCUGAACAAAACUGAAGUGAGCGAUGUUACUUACAAUGAAAAGAUUGAGAUCAAUCCUACUUUUCAAUCAAUCAAUGCAGAAUCAUUAGUACUUUACACUCCAAAUGAUUUUUACUUUGAAGACAUUAUGCACAGGAUGCAAGAAAAGCUGGAACUAGUUAACAACAAUAUCCAAGGUUUUGCUUCAGUCAGUGAUCUUUUACAAGAUUAUGCCAAAAAUGUAAAUAGUACAGUUAUCUCCAUAAUAUUCAAACCCCACAAUAAUGGCACUACCUUAGAUUACACUGUAAGAUGCCAUGAACAGUUCUUUUCUUGGUCUACUGAAAAACUGUACAUCAGUCCCUAUAGAUUUUCUCCAGGAGUAGGCAGCAUUUACCUAUGGAAAGGAUUUCUCACCCUUCAAGCUGCGUUGGACGUAUCAUUUAUUGAAAAAAGUGGUGGCAACAAGUUGAAUGUCAAAUUCAACACUUUAGAAUUUCCUUAUCCACCUUACAAAAGCGAUUCCGGAUUAAUUUCCCUCUUUAUGGACUUUUUACCACUCAUUACUCUGUUCAGUUUUAUUUUUGUUUGCCCGGCUGUGCUCAAGAGAGUGGUUGAGGAGAAGUAUUCUGGAAUUAAGGAACUAAUGAAAAUGGUGGGCAUGCGAUCAUGGAUGCUGUGGCUGGGCUGGUUCUUGUACAGUAUCAUUCCAAUGAUACUCUCGGUGGCUGUCAUUGUUUUCUUAAUGAAAGUCGAAAUAUUUGGGUCAGGAUACCCUUUGAUAGAAUAUACUGAUGGUACCAUUCUGUUUGUUUUUCUGUUGUUGUAUUGUGUCGCCGCCACCGUCUUUUGUUUCUUCAUCAGCACCUUCUUUACCAAACCCACUCUAGCUACACUGAUCGGGUUAUUAGUAUGGAUUUUGUCGUAUUUCAUACCAAAAUAUUUACUCGGCACUGAUGGUACUACCCCGCGUUUGACGAAAACCUUGCUGCUGCUCUUUCCCAACAUGGGCUUGUAUUAUGGCUACGCAACCAUAGCAGUAUUCGAGGAAAGAGAACUUGGGGUCCAGUGGUCCAAUUGGCAAAAACCCAGCUCUGACAGUUCUAACGAUAUAACCAUGCUUAACGUUUGCGUGAUGCUCGUGGUGGACACCCUGAUAUAUGCCUUGCUUACUCAUUAUGUGGAUUUGGUCAAUCCCGGAAAGUAUGGCGUUCGCGAAUCAUAUUUCUUCCCUUUAAAUCCCUUGAAGAAGAUGAUCAGGAAUUAUUUCAAUAAAGUGAACCACAGGAGCGACGUAGAAAGUGUCCACUUAGAGCAUUUUGAGUCAGGCCGGGGGCUGAAAAAGGGUAUCGAAGUGAUCGGUCUGACAAAACGAUUUUCGAGAAAGGUGGCCGUCAAUUGUUUAUCGAUGGAAAUUUAUCAGGACCAAAUUACAGUCCUGCUCGGUCAUAACGGCGCAGGAAAGUCUACCACAAUGGGCAUGAUUACAGGCAUGAUAAGCAAAACUGCGGGUCAGAUUUUAAUGAAUGGUCAUUGCGUAAAUUCCCGUUCGCAAUUGACCGAAACCAUAGGCCUGUGUCCCCAACAUAAUCUCUUAUUUAAUGAUCUGACCGUUUUUGAACACCUGAAAUUUUUUGCAAUGCUAAAAGGUAGGAGCUCCGCCGAAGCUGAAGAAGAAAUCAACGAUCUGCUACAAAAACUGAAUCUGGAAGGGAAAGCCAACAGCUUAGCCCAUACUUUGUCCGGCGGUAUGAAACGGAAGUUGUGCCUUGGCAUGGCUAUCGUCGGCGGUUCGAAAAUAUUAAUUUUGGACGAACCAUCGUCCGGUAUGGAUCCUGAGUCUCGCAGGCAUCUCUGGGACCUGCUGCUGGGUUGGAGGAAUAAGAAGACGAUCCUGAUAACCACGCAUUUUAUGGAAGAGGCCGAUGCCCUUGGCGACUGGAUAGCGAUCAUGAACGACGGCCGACUGCGCUGCUUCGGAACGCCCAUGUUUCUGAAAAGGAAAUACGAGACCGGCUAUCAUUUGUCGUUGCUUCUGCAAGACACGCGAGACGAUGGCGACACCGUCUUGCAAAUCAAAACGCAUCUGGAAAGGUUCGUCCCUGAAGCGAAGUGCAAAAGCGUCGACGGCAACGAGAUGGUGUUCGUUCUCCCGUUUGGGAUCAACUACAAAGAACUGUUCGAAUUCCUCGAGGAGCACAAGGACGAAUUCAAAAUUGAGAAAAUAUCAAUGACCACCACCACGUUGGAAGAUGUCUUCCUGAACACUAAUAAAACGGAAGAGGGCAAAGCUAAGGCCGAAAGUGACAACGAGAGCCUUUGUUCGAGCGCCCAAGCGAUGGAAGGACAGUGUAAAGGAGACACAAACUAUUAUUUGACGUUCAGAGCGCUGCGAGAAAAACGCCUCUAUUUCUUCAAAAAAAAGUAUUUGACCUAUCUAGUGCCGUUCCUCACUUCUCUGGUGUUCCUCAUCUUGUGCAUAUACCUAGGCGAGUCUGUCACUCAUUCCUCCAUUAGCGACGGCCCCCUGCUCAAAAUGAAACUAGACACUUACGGUCGCACCCGCGUAGUAUUCAACGCUACGUACGACUCUGAAGUCGCCCGGAUUGCACAGCACUAUCGUCGGCUAGUAUUCGCUGCUGGUAGCGAGUUAGCAGAAGUCAAUGACACCUCUCAAGCCGUUAUCAACGAAGGUAUCAACAACAUUGCGUUCUACAGACGGCAUAUGGUGGUGGGGGCGGAGCUAAAAUCAGGCAGCGCCGGCGGUAUCGAAACCGUCGCGCUAUACAACAACCUGGCUUUGCACGCCGCGCCCAUCUCUUUGAAUCUGAUCACCAACGCGUUGGCCAAAUCGCGCUUGGGGCCUCAAUAUUCGAUUUCGAUGAGCAAUUGGCCGCUCGAGAGGAUACGCGACACCAACUCGCCGAAGGAACUGUCAGAAGUUCAGCUCGGCUUGUUGUGGUUGGUGAUUCUGCCGAUCGGCGUGCUCUUCUUCCUAGGCAGUUUCAUUUUCUUCCCGCACAUGGAGCUGUCGACGAAUUUUACCCAGUUGCAGUUCAUGUGCGGCGUUUCGCCUUUCCUCUACUGGCUGGUGAACUAUGCCUGUGACUUUGCGCUGUUCGCUACGUUCGCGCUAGUCAUGGCCAUGUUCAAUUUGAUUUGGACGCCGUUCCGGGGCUUUGAAGAAAUGGUCGCGCUGUUUCUGCUGCUCGUGUUGUACGGCGCGUCGGGCAUACCGUUCGCCUACCUCUUCAGCAGGAAAAAAUCAUCGUCAGGCGCGUUCGCCGUGUUCAUCAUAUCGGGCCUCAUACUCGGCGUAACCCUCACGAUGAUCGUGAUCGUGCUGAACGAGUCCGGCGACGAGCACUACAUGCGGAUGGGUCGAGUUUUCGAGGCAAUUUUCCUCACGUUUUCGCCCCAGUUCGUGAUCACCUAUUUCGGCGUCGCAUACUCGCGCAAAGCGAUCAACAACUACAACUUGGCGCAUAUGCCGCGCGAAAAAUUGAACGCCGUUUGCUUCAACGACCCCAACCCGUGCUGCUACGCGGGGAGCUCAUCUUCCGAGUCGUGCGCUCGCUACAAACAGUAUUGGGGAGUGUUUGGUGCCGAUUUCGCUUACGUCCUACUCGGAGCCGCGAUUUAUUUUUUGGUCAACGUCGCACUGCACAGUUACUGGUACAAGAAACGCAAGAACGACGUGGUGCAAGGGUGGUACUCGUUGAAAAACAUUAUUCAAGGCACGGCAAGUUCGGAGCGCUGCUCCGAACUUGAGAAACUGUGUUUGGACGAAACGGGCGACGACGGCAACGAGAUGGGCACGCUGAGGGUGAAGAAACUGAAGAAGCGUUACUCGGGCCGGGACGUGGUGCGAAACGUCCACUUUAAUUUGAGGAAGGGCGAGUGCAUGGGCAUAUUGGGCGUGAACGGAGCUGGCAAGACGACCACGUUCCGUAUGCUCACGAGGGAGGAGGUCAAGGACGAGGGAUCGAUCGUGGCCGACGGGAGGAUUAACGUCGACCAGAAUGAGUACUUAAAAAGAUUGGGAUAUUGUCCUCAAACCGACGCUCUAAACUAUGCCCUGACGGGGCGCGAAAUCCUCAGGAUCAUGGCGAUGCUCAGGGGCAUAAAGCAGCCGGAACAGGAAGUGAAAAAUUUCCUGAACAUAUUCGACCUGGACGCGGUAGCCGACGUACCUUGCGGAUACUAUAGCGGCGGUAAUAAGCGGAAGCUGAGCUUCGCGGUAGCCAUUAUUGGUUUGCCGGAUUUCGUGUUGCUCGACGAGCCCACCAACGGCGUCGAUCCGUCGACGCGACGCAAAUUCUGGAGUCUAAUCAACACGAUUAAAAAGAAGAAGAACACGUCAUUUAUACUGACGUCACACAGCAUGGUUGAGUGCGAAGCGCUAUGCAACGACCUGAAAAUAAUGAAGCAGGGUACGAUCGAAAGACAGGGCACAAUAUCGAAGCUGAAAGAAGAGAUCGGCGGGUUCAGCAUCAAACUGAAGCUGAAGCACGGUCAAACGGAAACGUUAGCGGCGAGGGAUCGCGAUGAAGUCGACGGCUUAGUGGGACAACAAGAGGCACCGCAACGCCGAAGCGUAGAAGAGCUGAAGGCGGACUUGAUGAAACGUUACAGCGGCCAAAUUAAAGACGAACAUUCGGGUUUGAUCCAUUACUAUAUUGAGAGCAGGACGAAAAGGUGGUCGGAUUUAUUUAGGGAGGUCGAGGAGCUGAAAAGCGCUUACCCAGAACUGAUUGAAGACUAUUCGAUUAGUGAGGCGUCCCUGGAGGACGUGUUUCUUACUGUCGCACGAUCUUAGCACCAAAAAGGUUAUACUUAGAUUUAGAAGCAUAGUGUAUGUGCUGGGUUUUCACACGAAUAUCUCUAUUCAACGAAGCCAAUAGCACAGAUCACAGUCAACAACACUUUUUGGCAUCAAUAGGUAGCAGUAAUGUUGGAUCUCUCGUAGAAGGUAUUGGCAUGACCCAAUAGAAUGAGCGAUUUUUUUAGAAAAUGCAAAAGAAGCAACACAAAAAUUAAAAAAAUAGCAAAGCAAAAAAUUCUAUAUAAGGAAAUUUUAGCUUCUUUGAUGUGAUAAGAGGUGGUAUUUUUCCUUUGUAUUGUAUUGCUGGCAAAAAACACAUGCCAUGCAAAAACGGAAUUUCCUGAUUAUUUUCAUUGUUUAAAUUUGAAAGGUCAAAUCCACAUAUUUUUGCAAAAAAAAAACUCGCCUUCAAACCCAAUACCGAAUUCGCAGUUCUUUUUCCGUUAUUGCUGAUAGUCUGCAGGUGGUAAUGGUCAAUGGUCAAUAUGUAAAAAUUGUUCAUUACAAGUAAUAAUAUUAUGAAUUUUCGCGGCAGGUAGAUUACGCCCCGCAAUUUUUUACAAAUGUAUAUUUUUUUAUCGCUUAAUAAAAUGAAAUC